CGCUGCGUUUCCUCGGGAGGGGCGGAACCUCGCCCGGAAGGGGCCUGUGGCGGCGGAAAGGCGCCGGCAGGGGGCGCGGGCCUCCGGGCCACCCCCGGGGUGGAGGCCGGUGGUCCCUCCCAGGCCGAGUGUGCGGCAGGGCCGUGCACCCGCCCCCCCACCCUCCAUCACCUCGUCACCUCCCCGCCCUCUCCUCUGCCCCCCGAGGUGAGCGGCGCAGGCGCGGAGCGAGGCGGUGAGUGUGGCCGCGCAGCCUGGGCCUGGGGCCUAGCGGGCUGGGCUUGGGGCACGCGGGAGGGAGAGGGCCGGUCCUGACAGAGCGCCCUGGAGCGCGAGGGCCUGAGCGGCGUCGCCCGCAGCCCGCGGCCCUCUCCGCCCGCGCUCGGCCGCAGCCACCUCAGCUGUGCCUGGGCCGCCUGGGGCCCCGGGGAAACGUUUUUCUUAGGUGAUGAUCUUCCCCUCCUUACAAUUGUUGGCCGAGAAAGAACUGGAAACAAGAUGUAACUUGUUGGUGGCAGUGCUUAGCCAUGAAGAUGUACCCACAUACAGUUAGAGUUAUUCAAUGUCCAGGAAUCAGAAGACAUGUAUUUGCAUCUCUGGUUUUGCCAUUUCUUAGUUGACUUGACUUUCACUGAAUAUGUUUCUUCAUCAGUAAAAUUGAGGUAUUUUUUUUACCAUCUGUGGAAACUUUGUAAUUCAUUUUUCCUCACUGAAAUAUUAAGAAUUAUACCAAAUUGAAAAGAUAUGAAUGAGUAUCCUAAAAAAAGAAAAAGGAAGACUUUACACCCUUCUCGUUAUUCAGAUUCCUCUGGAAUAAGCAGAAUUGCAGAUGGAUUCAAUGGGAUUUUUUCUGAUCAUUGUUACAGUGUCUGCUCUAUGAGACAGCCAGACUUAAAAUAUUUUGACAACAAAGAUGAUGAUUCUGAUACUGAGACAUCAAAUGACUUGCCAAAAUUUGCAGAUGGAAUCAAGGCCAGAAACAGAAAUCAGAACUAUCUGGUUCCCAGUCCUGUGCUUAGAAUUAUAGAUCACACUGCCUUUUCUGCAGAAAAAUCUGCUGAUGUAGAAAUUUGUGAUGAAGAGUGUGACUCACCCGAAUCAAUCAACCAGCAAACUCAAGAGGAGAGUCCUAUAGAAGUUCACACCGCUGAAGAUGUCCCCAUUGCUGUAGAAGUGCAUGCCAUUUCUGAGGAUUAUGACAUAGAGACAGAAAACAAUUCCUCCGAGAGCCUCCAAGACCAAACUGAUGAAGAACCACCAGCUAAACUUUGUAAAAUUCUUGACAAGAGCCAAGCUUUGAAUGUGACUGCUCAGCAGAAAUGGCCUUUACUGAGAGCUAAUAGCAGUGGCCUCUAUAAAUGUGAACUUUGUGAAUUCAAUAGUAAAUAUUUUUCUGAUUUAAAACAGCAUAUGAUCCUGAAGCAUAAACGUACCGAUUCAAAUGUGUGUCGAGUAUGUAAGGAAAGCUUCUCUACCAAUAUGCUUCUGAUUGAACAUGCCAAACUACACGAAGAAGAUCCUUACAUUUGUAAAUACUGCGAUUACAGGACAGUAAUUUUUGAGAACCUCAGCCAGCACAUUGCAGACACCCACUUUAGCGAUCACCUUUAUUGGUGUGAGCAGUGUGACGUGCAGUUCUCCUCAAGCAGUGAACUCUACCUGCAUUUCCAGGAGCACAGCUGUGAUGAACAGUACUUGUGUCAGUUCUGUGAACAUGAAACAAAUGAUCCAGAAGACUUGCAUAGCCAUGUUGUAAAUGAGCAUGCGUGUAAAUUAAUAGAACUAAGCGAUAAGUAUAACAAUGGAGAACACGGACAAUACAGCCUCUUAAGCAAAAUUACCUUUGACAAAUGUAAGAACUUCUUUGUGUGUCAAGUAUGUGGUUUUCGGAGUAGACUUCAUACAAAUGUUAACAGGCAUGUUGCUAUUGAACAUACUAAAAUAUUUCCUCAUGUUUGUGAUGACUGUGGGAAAGGCUUUUCAAGUAUGCUAGAAUAUUGCAAGCAUUUAAAUUCACACCUAUCUGAAGGGAUUUAUUUAUGUCAAUAUUGCGAAUAUUCAACAGGUCAGAUCGAAGAUCUUAAAAUUCAUCUAGAUUUCAAGCAUUCGGCUGACUUGCCUCAUAAAUGUAGUGACUGCUUGAUGAGGUUUGGAAAUGAAAGGGAAUUAAUAAGUCACCUUCCAGUCCAUGAAACAACUUGAUUAUUCUCUUUGAUUUACAUAAUGUUUUUGUGAAAUAAAUUCAACCUUUUUUUUUUGAGAUGUUAAAAUGGGUAAUUUUAAAAACAUGAGAUUUGCCUUUUAACAAGUAACAUUUUCCAGUAUGUAAUUAUACCUUAAUUGUGGUAUUCAAUUGCAUGGUAGUAUAUAGUUUUAAUCAUUCUUGGUGACUGUAAUUUGGUGUCUUGCAUGUGGUUCAAUUUUAUGAAUUGAGAAGAAACAUGUACUGAAAAAACUAUCUACAGUUUUCCUUCCUUAACCAUGGUGCUAUUAACCUUUUUAAAUGCAAGAUAGGCUUAGGGUUUUUUUUGUAUGAAGUUAUUAAAUUACUGCACUACCAGAACUAAAAGAACAUAAAAUACAUUUAAGUUCAUUCACAGUCCAUUAAUAAGACCACCCCCCCUUUUUGUAAUACCCAUCAGGAAUUAACCCUAAGCAAUCAGUAGACUCUCUGUGAUUAAUAACAGUAGGAAGUCUUCCUUAUAGUAGGGGAAAAUGCCAUUUUGGGGGGCAGUUUUUCAUUUUUUAAAUCCCCUAUCUGUUGAAUAAUUUUGAGAUUGGGGAGACAGUAAAGCAAUAGACAAAAAAAAGGUAACCAUUUCAUAACUGAUUGACAUUUUAUCUUCAAUUAUAGGACUAUGAAUAUAUGCCCAACUUCUUUUUUUUUUUUUUUUGGUACCAG